AUGGAAGAAAUUAUCAAGAUGAAUGAAACUACUAAAAGCCAGGUGACUGAAUUCAUACUCAUGAGCAUUACAAACCGUCCUGAGCUCCAGCACCCCCUUUUUGCUGUGUUUUUCCUUAACUACAUGGCCACAGCUCUGGGGAACUUGGGCCUGAUCAUCUUAACUAGUGUUGAUUCCCAUCUCCAAACCCCAAUGUACUUUUUUCUCAGGCAUCUGGCAUUGGUUGAUUUGGGGUAUUCAACAGCUAUUGGUCCAAAAAUGCUGGUCAGUUUCAUAGAGGAGAAAAAUAUAAUUUCCUAUAAUGGCUGUGCAGUACAGCUAGCAUUCUUUGUGAUAUUUAUCAAUAGUGAACUUUUUAUCCUGUCAGCUAUGGCCUAUGACCGCUAUGUAGCUAUCUGUAAGCCUCUCCUCUACACAAUCAUCAUGUCUGAUAGAGCAUGUUGGAUCUUGGUGGCUAGCUCAUACCUCUAUAGCAUCAUGGUAGACUUAGUGAUGACAAUAAAGAUUUUUAAAUCAUCUUUCUGUAAAUCUAAUGUAUUAAGACAUUUCUACUGUGACAGUCUCUCUCUAUUAUCCAUUAUGUGUUCAGACACAAGUGAAAUUGAACUAAUCAUUAUGACUUUUGGUGUACUAAAUCUGAUUCCUUCCCUAUUGAUUAUCCUUUUUUCCUACUUACUUAUUCUUGUGGCCAUCCUUAGGAUGAACUCUCCUGAGGGCAGGCACAAAGCUUUCUCCACCUGUGGCUCUCAUCUCACAGUGGUGGUUGUGUUCUAUGGGACACUUUUCUUCAUGUACCUGCAGCCACAAUCUAACCAUUCCUUUGACACCGACAAGAUGGCCUCUGUUUUUUAUACUCUGGUCAUUCCUAUGCUCAACCCUUUAAUCUAUAGCUUGAGGAACAAAGAGGUGACAGGUGCCUUGAAAAGACUUUUUAAAAAAUUAAUAUAA